CGCUGUCGCUUCUCGCUGGUUAACAUGGCGGCGGCCUGGGCUGCGGCGGAGGCGCGGAGCCAGAACCCGUGAAUUCGGGGGGUGUAGAAGCCGCAGCCUGGCCUUUGCCGUGGAAAGGUGCGCGGGAGAGGGCGGAGAAGCUCCGUGGAGGGCGCUGUGUGUGCGGGGGAGCCUGAAGCAUUGUUAAACCCACCGGCUGCGGAAGGGAUGUGACCGGCUUACCUCGGGCCAUCCCGGCGGCUGCAGCGGCGGACGAGCAGCUUAACGAGAGGCCGGGGAUGGGCCAGCAAGUAGGCCGUGUCGGAGGUGAGGCACCUAGUGGACCGCCACCACACAAAGGAACCAGGAGCUCCGGGACAAGGCUGGGCAGCCACCCCGGGGCUGUGGGAACGGGAGCCGGGGGCCGGAGGAGGGAGACUACCGGGAGGAACAACCCCGAGCCCGGCUUUAACAUCUUUGCUCAGCACGAAGCCUUGCACCGUCCCUAUGGCAGUGACUCCGAGCCUCAAGCACUCAAUGACGCCAUCCGCUGGAGUUCAAAAGAGAAUUUGCUGGGAGCCACCGAGAGCGACCCCAAUGUCUUCCUUGCUCUCUAUGACUUUGUGGCCAGUGGAGACAACACCCUGAGCAUCACCAAAGGAGAGAAGCUGCGUGUCCUGUGCUAUAACCAGAACGGAGAAUGGUGUGAGGUGCUGUCUAAGAACGGCCAGGGCUGGGUGCCCAGUAAUUACAUCACCCCUGUCAACAGCCUGGAGAAACACUCCUGGUACCAUGGCCCUGUGUCCAGGAGUGCGGCAGAAUAUCUUCUCAGCAGUCUCAUCAAUGGCAGCUUCCUGGUGCGAGAGAGUGAGAGCAGCCCAGGUCAGCUCUCAAUUUCCCUGCGAUACGAAGGUCGAGUCUACCACUACCGCAUAAACACUGCCUCGGACGGCAAGGUUUAUGUCACCGCGGAGAGCCGUUUCAACACACUGGCUGAACUGGUCCACCACCACUCCACCGUGGCCGAUGGCCUUGUCACUAUAUUACACUACCCUGCACCGAAGUGCAACAAGCCUACAGUCUAUGGAGUGUCCCCCAUCCACGAUAAAUGGGAGAUGGAACGCACAGACAUCACCAUGAAGCACAAACUGGGAGGUGGGCAAUACGGAGAAGUCUAUGUUGGGGUCUGGAAAAAAUAUAGCCUGACAGUUGCUGUAAAAACACUCAAGGAAGACACUAUGGAGGUAGAAGAGUUUCUGAAGGAGGCUGCAGUCAUGAAAGAAAUCAAGCAUCCCAACCUUGUGCAACUCUUAGGUGUCUGCACACUGGAGCCCCCCUUUUAUAUUGUAACUGAAUACAUGCACUUUGGGAACCUGCUCGACUAUCUCCGGGAAUGUAACCGGGAAGAAGUGACUGCUGUGGUUCUGCUUUAUAUGGCCACACAGAUCUCCUCUGCCAUGGAAUAUCUGGAGAGGAAAAACUUCAUCCACCGGGAUCUUGCUGCAAGGAACUGUUUGGUUGGUGACAAUCAUGUGGUGAAAGUGGCUGAUUUUGGUCUAUCUCGUCUGAUGACUGGAGACACCUACACAGCUCAUGCCGGUGCCAAGUUCCCUAUUAAAUGGACGGCUCCGGAAAGCCUGGCGUACAACACUUUCUCCAUAAAAUCGGAUGUUUGGGCUUUCGGUGUGCUGCUAUGGGAAAUUGCUACCUAUGGCAUGUCCCCCUACCCUGGCAUCGACUUGUCCCAGGUUUACGACUUGCUGGAGAAAGGUUAUCGAAUGGAGCAGCCAGAAGGUUGUCCCCCGAAGGUCUAUGAACUGAUGAGAGCAUGCUGGCAGUGGAAUCCCGCCGAUAGACCAUCCUUCUCUGAGACACACCAAGCCUUUGAAACCAUGUUUCAUGAUUCCAAUAUAAAUGAAGAGGUUGCUGAAGAACUGGGGCGCACUGCUUCUUCCACGUCAUCAUAUCAGAGUCGGCUUCCCAUGCUACCCUCUAAAUCCCGUACCCUUAAGAAGAAAGUGGAGAAUAAGGAAAACAUUGAAGGCACCGGUGAUUCAUCAGAUAACUCAACCUCAAGCACAACUACUCCAGGAGCUCUUCGUGGAUCCCCUGUGGCAAGCGGCUCCCCGGCUCUUCCACGCAAACAGAGGGACAAAUCUCCAAGCAGUUUACUUGGAGACUCUAAAGAAACAACGUUCACCCGUGACCGAAAGGGAGGAUUCUUCAGUUCUUUCAUGAAGAAAAAGAGCGCCCCUCAGCCUCCAAAACGCAGCAGCUCCUUCCGCGAAAUGGAAAACCAGCCUCACAAAAGGCCAGAACUAACUGGAGAACUUGCUUCUUUCCAGCCACUUGAUGGUCUAGACACUCCUGCUUCUCCUGGCUCGCAUAAAUGCUAUGGAGGAACAUCUCAACGUGGUUUUGCUGAAGAUGCCAUAGGGGGAGUUAGUGGAGGAUGGACUGGAAUAUCUGGCUUCUUCACACCCCGCCUCAUAAAAAAGACAUUUGGAUUGCGGAGCGGAAAACCAGUAAGCACUGAGGAUCAAUCCAAACCUUUCCCUCGGUCAAAUUCCACAUCUUCCAUGUCUCCUGUUGUUCCUGAGCAAGACAGGAUGGCCAUGACACUACCCAGAAACUGCCAUCGGACUAAGGUCCAGCUGGACCGUGCGCCCUCACAGCCAGAUGAGAACCAGCAGGAACCUCCAAGAACUGCAUUAGAUAUAGCACCCCCGCAGACAAAUAGAGAGAGAGGAAAGCCCAAAAUGCUUCCGCGGACUGGAGGAGGUGAGCGAAAUGGUGGUCUGCGCACAGAUGAGAGGUCCUCACCCAGCAAGCAUGUAGGAGGUGCCUCUUCGUCUUUCAGCGCUGCCACUCACAACCACAAAGUGCCGGUUCUCAUUUCACCAUCACCACGAAAUGCAUCUACGGAUACUCAGCUGGUUGGCAUGGAUUCUUUAGGUCACACCUUCAAAUUGCUUCAGGAACACGUGUCACCAGCUGGUUCUGAGAAAGACCGCCCUUCUCAUCGCCGGAUGAAACCUAAAUGUGCUCCCCCUCCUCCUCCAAAUGUUAGAUUCCUGCAGCAGCCAUCCACAGAAGAGAGGACCUCACCCACACCUACACAGCCAGUCAUUGAAAGGGCAGCCAAGCCCUCCCGACCCAUGCUGCCACCACCACCUCCUGUUACCCAAGUAGGAAAGCUUUCCAAUGGGGCAGCAGGGGGAGGCAGGGGAGCGUUAAGGAAGUCCAAGCAACCUGUAGAGAAGGUUCCUGCAGAAAAAAUAAGCAAAGAAGCUCUUCUGCAGUGUGCUGGUAUGCUAUCCAGUGCACUGACCGUUCCCCAACCCAACAGCCAACUGGUUGACACAGGACACCAGCUUCUGGACUAUUGCACUGGAUACGUUGACUCCAUACCCCAAACACGAAACAAAUUUGCCUUUCGCGAGGCAGUAAGUCGACUAGAGGUUAGCCUGCAGGAGCUGCAGGUGUCUUCCGCAGGUUCUGGGGCAGGAGGCGCAUCCUCUGCUUCCCAGGGUCCAAACCCUGUACUUAAUAACUUACUGUCCUGCGUACAGGAGAUCAGCGAUGUGGUGCAGAGGUAGCCAUCAAUGUCUUGGAUGUAACGUAAAUGUUUCUAUAAUACAUUGAAUGACCAAUCUGAUGCACUGGCAAGUGUGGGACAGACAGUAGUAACCUCAUCUGUGGGGGGGGGGGGAUCGUAGAAGGGUUUAUUCUCUAGUGUUGCUGAAGGAAGACUCUUUAUUAUGCUGGUCAAGACCGGAAAAAAUAUAAAAAAAUCCAGCAGAACACAUUUUAACACUAAAACCGGACAUUUUACUUUCGUUUUUUUUUAUUUUAAAUCAUGUUUGCUUUGCUUUUUUUUUGUCCUUUUUACAUCUCAGGUUUAAUAUAUUUUUCUCCAUUUGGAGCUUUAUUUUCUCCAUGGGUCCAAAAUACAGUAAGGGAAGUUAGAAUACCCUUUCAGGUCUAUCGGUUAUCUUCAAAUGAGACAGUGGGUACCAUGGCUUGGUUUUAGUUUGGCACCUCCUCCUCCUUGUGCCAGGUGGAGAAGUCUAUGUAUAUAGAUGGUGCCAAGAGCAUCCAUGGGAAGUAGUUAAGAGAGGAGAUUGGUGAAUUUGGCAGCACCAAAAAAAAAAAAAACGUUAAUUCCCUCUUACGUCGUUCAAGCUCUGCCAUCAGAGGUCAUGUUCUUCACGCCUUGGUGGUGGCCGGUACCUUUGAUAUAGAGAAGGGUCUACAGCUGUCCUGGCCUGCGUGCCGAGGUGCGCCCACUUUUAGUCUGAUCACAAUCACCAAACUGAUUUCAUUGGGAACUAAUGACAUGGUCACUGAAGCACUUUGUCUCCCAGGUCCUAUUUACUGGUAGGUGCCAUUCCCCCGGAUAUUUAUUUGGCUGCUGCCUCCACUGUAUGUAACCAACGGGAACACUAGUGUAAGUAUAUGGCCAUAAAUCUGACAUUUUAGGAAAAAUUAUUAUUAUUUUUUUGGGGAUAUUACAUUUCCAUUGACAUCACAGCACGUUUUCUAUGCAUUCUCUGACUGCUUCGGCAUCACACAUUCUCCGUGUACACUCGGCACACCUACCCGAUGGAUGCCAUUUGAUCACUGAGUGACUACGAUGUCUCUUGUUUUCCAGAUUUUGUACAGAGAAUGAUCUAUUGUAACCUCACGUGGGGUAUGCCCUCUCUUUCUGUAAAGCAUAAUCUGCAAGAUAUGUAUAUGGGAGUUUUGUGAUCUAUAUACACAUAGUUGAUGAAUGCGAUGGUCUGAAGCGCUGCUUCUGGGCAGUACUGGAAUUCGGUCAUAACUGGAGUCUUGAGCACCAGGUUUCAUUUAGUCACAGACAUUGAGCGCUGGUUUGACGUAUGGAGGGUGCAUUUACUUAGGGCAGACGUCUGGCUUAAAGGGGUUAUCCAGUAAUGUAAAAAAA